AUGGUUACAGUUCUCACUAAAGCAGUUGUCUCCAGCGAUGCGAGGAUCGCAACAACAGUUCGUGUUGUGGUUCAUACGUACGGGCCCAAAGUCAACGAUCGCAGCUGGAACCACUGGUCCAUCUAUCUUAUACUCGCAGAUGGCUCUGGUUCAGUGAGAGUGAAUAUGCGGGCAGAGUACGAAGGCUACGACAAUGGAAUUCUUGAAUGGAGCGAUUGUCCUUACACCGAGUCAAACUCAAACAUUUCUCACUGGGAUUUCCCAUGCAGAGCGAGUACACGCAUCCGAGAUAUCGCGGCCGUUAUCUAUGUCGUGAUCAAGGAUUUGUCCGAGCUCAAAGAGCUGGCCAAGGACAAGGAUUUGGCUAAAAAUGUGGCUCAGGACUUGGUUGAGAACGGCACCAUUGCUACCAAUGCAGCGACUGUAGUAUGGAGUAAAUUACUUUACUUGUAUCAUCGCUCAAAGACACCCGAGUCGCUGGAGAUGGUGCAGGGCAAAUUUUACUAG